UCAUAGACAUAUUAAUAGUUGGUAUGUCAUACAAGUUGAUUGAAAACCAAAACCAACGACUACAAUGCAGACCGUUUAGACAUUUUGAUAUACAUUUAUGGCAGUGGUUUAUCAUAAUGUAAACUGAAAAUUCUAAAAAAAUAAUUAUACACCCAUUUGGAGUUGGAAUAAACAAUUUUUAGAAGCACUCUUCUACAUAGCUCCGCAGAAUCAUGACAAAAUAGAUUUUGUAGAUCCGUGUUCUAUUUUGUCAUGAACUAAUCAACAACAAACAAGAAAAACAAUAGAUUAUUAUCUGAUAUGACGAAUUUCGAUAUUUAAGAAUGCCCUUAUGCGCAGGUGGUUAGAGACGAUCGAUACAGAUAUGUUUCUGAUUGGUCACUGAAUUCAGAAUUUUGGUAUCAAUCCACUCUUGGCGUAACGCUUGCGCAAAUCUAAUAUCUCCUACUGAAAGUCGUGGUCACUUGCGAUUGGCUUAAACUCAACAGACUACAUCUACAUUCAACAGUUUACACACACAACGUCACCACUAGACGUUAUUCAAGUAUUGAUCCGAACCCUGGCCACUGGGUUUGAUUACAUCGCUUGAUAGUUGUUACAAUUUACGGACCAGUAUUUCCCUUGACAGUACCUUGUGACGUUGUGUUCACAACUUUUUAGUAUAUUCAACAGAAAUAAAUCAUAAAAAGGAAGAACUUUUUUAAAUAACACAAAUCUGUAAUUUAAAGUCAAGUUUUGAACUUACAUUUUAAAUAUUUUAUUUAAAAAAACACUACAUUCAUUAUGUCUCUUUUGUUCAAUGCGAGACGAGCUAAAUGCGUAAAAUUAUUUUUUCCUGUUCUCAAACAUAUUUCGACCAAUAAUAAUCAACGAGCAAUUGCGCUUCCUAAUUUAAAACGAUGUCUUAUAAUUUCUAUGGGAUAUGUUUGGUCCAAUCGUAAAAAUUCAGCAAAAUCAAUAAUAUUUGGAUUUUCAUUACUUGGUUUAGUUGGACUUAAAGCGAUUGACGCAAAUCGUCAACUAUUCGAUUAUACUAUUGAAAAAGGAAUAUUGUAUUUACAAAAUGACGAUUACAAUGCUUUUGAGCAAACAUUACAUGAGGCUCUCGAAAUUGCUAACGAUUUAAAUAAUGUUAAUGGUAUUACACAUGUAUAUGAUGUGUUAGCAAAUGGAGCAUUUAUGAAUAAGGAAUAUGAAAAGGCGAAAGAUUUAUUCACCAAAGUUGUUAUUCGGUUGAUUGAUCAAGGAUACCCAAAAGAUGAUCUUAACAUUCUACACUUCAAUCUUCAAAUUACUAAAAUUUACGAAAUUCAAGAAAAAUACAAAAAUUCUGAAGAUGGUUACAUAUACUGUUUACAACAUUUGGAGAAGAAGUUAAAAAUUCAUCCUGAAAACAAAAACAUUUUAGAUUUAUAUGCUAACACAUUAAACGUAUAUGGUCGCUUUUUAAAGAAACAAAAAGAAAUUAAGUUAGCAAAAGUUUCUUUUAAAAAAGCAUAUAUAAUUAGUGUUAAGUUAAAUGGAAAAAUAUCUGAAAAUAAUGUAAUUUUGUUGAAUGUUCUGGGAACCCUAUACUUUGCUGAAGGAAAUUUAAACAAAGCAAUAUUGUACUUUACAAAGGCAAUAGAUAUUGGGCAACAUCUACCUAAAAUGCAAAGUUUUGCAGUGGUACAUAUAAAUAUCGCUCACACUUACUUAAGACUAGGAAUGUUAGAAAAAGCAGAAGAAAACUGUGAGAAAGCAUUGAAAAAUGCUAAAAUACAUUCUUAUUUUAGAGCCAAAAAAGAAGCAGAAAUUUGUUUAGCUAAAAUAAACAAUGCUAUGAAGAAGAGGCAGAUUGGCCAGGUGAGAAAGUAGGCUUAAUAAAGAGUAGUAAAACAGUAGACUAGUAGACAAUAAUGAAGUAGUAUGGUGGAUUUUAAUCACACUAAAUAAACUAUAACACACAAUAAAUAAUUCGUAGAAAAUAUUCAUGAUUUAUAGAAUAAUACAUAGCUUAAAACAAU